AUGUCGGAAAAGGAUGAACACGACCAUCGAUCGACACAUUCUCAUUCUACCUCGGAUGCCAGUUCAGAUACCGAAGACCCCGCAUCGCGGACACCGUCGCUCCCCCGAGCAAUGGCGGAGUCCGUCAAGUCAAGACGGACGUCCAAAUCCAACCUUGACGAUGUAGAUCUGGACCGCGUUCACUCUGGGAGAUACCCAGAUGAUAUCACGGUGUACCACAGCCACGAAGAUGAUGACAACGAUACGACGGAUGAUUCUUCGUUGGAGGCCGCCAAGGUCGAUACCAUCCAGGAGGUAAGAGGUGGGAUCGUCAACGAGCGGGACGUGGACCUGGAGAGAGGCGAACAGUCUGCAUCAGACCUUGAGAAGACGAGGACGUUGCGAUCGACGAAAUCUCGCCAUGGCGGCAAGCUGGUGACAUGGGACGGACCCGAGGAUCCAGAGAAUCCCAAGAAUUGGCCCUCGAAAAAGAAGUGGGCAGCAACCAUCACAGUCUCCCUAUUCACUUUCAUUUCGCCAGUGUCUUCCUCCAUGGUAGCACCCGCCUUGACCACCCUCGAGGCCCAAUUAAACGUCACCGACCCAAUCGUCUCCCAGCUCAUGCUCUCCAUCUUCGUUCUGGCAUACGCUGUUGGACCAUUAUUCCUAGGACCACUCUCAGAAAUCUAUGGGCGAACUAUCGUUCUCCAACUCGCCAAUCUAUUCUUCCUGGUUUUCAACAUCGGCUGCGGCGUGGCCCAGACCAAGACCCAGCUGAUCGUGUGUCGGUUCUUCGCCGGACUGGGCGGUAGUGCGCCCCUCGCAGUCGGCGGCGGCGUUCUAUCCGAUUGUUUCAGACCUGAAGAGCGAGGCAAAAGCAUUGCCAUCUACAGUCUAGCCCCCCUGCUAGGCCCAGCUCUCGGCCCUAUCGCAGGUGGCUUCAUCGCCGAGAACAUCUCCUGGCGCUGGGUCUUCUACUCAGUAUCCAUCGCAGACGGACUCAUCCAAUUCAUGGGCCUCUUCUUCCUCCGCGAAACCUAUGGCCCCCGCAUCCUCCGCGACCGCGCCAAGCGCAUUCGCAAGGAAACCGGCGACACCACCUGGCAAACUGAAGCAGAGAUGCAAAAGAAAACCCUCGCCCAAGUCCUCCGCGAAUCUCUCGUCCGGCCUUUCCGUCUGCUCUUAACCCAAUCAAUUGUCCAAGUCCUCGCCUGCUACAUGGCCUUCAUCUACGGAAUAAUGUACCUCGUCCUGUCGACCUUCCCCUCCCUCUGGACCAGCAAAGACUACUACAACGAGUCCAUCGGCAUCGGCGGUCUAAACUACAUCUCCCUAGGCCUAGGCUUCUGGUGCGGCUCCCAAAUCUGCGCCCCUCUCAACGACCGCAUCUACAAGCGCCUCAAAGCCCGCAACAACGGCGUCGGCCGACCAGAGUUCCGCGUGCCCCUCCUCGGCGUCGCAGCCAUCCUCAUCCCAAGCGGCCUCUUCAUCUACGGCUGGACCGCGCAGACCCACUGCCACUGGAUCGCGCCCAACAUCGGCGCCGUACUCCUCGGCGCGGGCACGAUCAUCUCGUUCCAGUGCAUGCAGACGUACAUGGUCGACGCGUAUACGCGGUUCGCGGCGAGUGCGCUGGCAGCUAGUGCGUUCCUGCGGUCACUGGCGGGCUUUGGGUUUCCGCUUUUCGCGCCGUAUAUGUAUGAUAAGUUGCAUUAUGGGUGGGGGAAUAGUGUGUUGGCGUUUAUUUCGAUUGCGAUUGGGAUUCCGGCGCCGAUCUUUUUGUGGAAGUUUGGUGAGGCGCUGCGGAAGAGGAGUACGUAUGCUGCUGGGUAG